AUGCCUUCGGCUAGGUUGAAAGCCCUACGCGCUACGACAAAAAGAACCGACGUCUCUGUUCAACUACAAGUUGUUCCUCUCGGCCGACAUUUUUUGCACCUCCUUGUUCGUUGUUCGCUCGUCCGACUAGUGCACUAUCGUUCGGCCCUGUUCUCUGUUCAGUUUUCACUCAUCCUCUCUGUUGCUGUUAUAUCAAGCAGCUCUCAUGGUCCGACCAGCUCUCUGUCACAGGAUCAGAGAUAUUUUGCGCCGAGGACAACUCUAGGAUCUCAGCCAGGCCUUAAAAAUAGCAAUGAAGUUAACAUGGACAUAAAUAUGCCCGAUGCAUCCAAUUUGAUGGUGGAGAUGAUGGAAAUGGGGAUGAUGAUCUUCUUGGUUAUGGUCAUGCCGAUCUUGGAUUUGGAGGAGUUAGUGGAAAUUACGAUGAUUCGUUCUAGU